UAUUCUAAUACAAAUUAACUUCCUUCAAUUUUGAUCUGAGACUAGACCAGAACACAUACCUUCCCUUACCCUCCUCCAAUGGCUUCCACCUCCGCAAUCUCCAUGGCUCUGCCGCUGCCCCGCGCCUCCUCCUCCUCCUCCGGCGCCGCCGCCCGGGACGCAUUCUUCAAGCCAUUGCCGUUGAGGGCGCUGCCGCUGUCUCCGCCGCCGAGGGCUGCAGCCGGAAAAUUCCAGGUCAGGGCGGCGGCGCCUUCUUCGCUCAAAGACAAGGCCGUCACUGGACUGACGGCGGCUGCGCUCACGGCGUCGAUGAUCAUCCCCGACGCGGCGGAGGCCGCCGUGUCGCCGUCGCUCAAGAACUUCUUGCUCAGCAUUGUCGCCGGCGGUGUCGUCUUCGCGCUCAUCACCGGCGUCGUCGUCGCCGUCGCCAAUUUCGAUCCUGUCAAGAGAACUUGAACAAUAUAUAUAUAUAUAUAUAUUAUCCUGUCUUUUGUGUGUGCCCUAAAAUAUAUCAGUGUAUUUUCUGUGUUCCUAUUUAUGGCAGUAAAUCAAAUCCAAUUUCCUCUGCA